UCUUUUUUACUGACAAUGGGUCACAGCAGUCAUAAAAUAGCCUGGUGUCUGCCUUGCAAUACAUCAAAUGUUUCACAUGGACAGAUUGGCGCUGGCAAUGUUCCUUCUUCUCUACACUCUAUUAAUUGUUGAUGGGGAAGAAAAUAUCAAUGAAUUUAAAGGUCCUCCAAGAAAUUUGACUUUAAGAUGGGAAAAUGAGAAAAUGGUCAUUCAAAGUGUGUGGGAACCUUUUGGACAAGAAUUAGAUCAUGAUUGCUUUGAUAUGGUUCUGCAGUUUAGAACAAGAAAAACUACAGAGUGGCAGAACAAAAGAUCUGAAAGUUGCAACAUAAGUACCUUUUCUAUUGAGUGUCCUUUUAGUAACGUAGAUCUGGAUGCCGAGAAAUGCUAUGAAACGCAAGCACAAUUUCGAGUACUGGAAUUCUGUUUGGGGGACACUAAUGAAAGCCAGUGGAGCAUUACUAUGUUCAUGAAGAACAACAGUCUGUAUGAUGUGUGUCCUGAAGUUGCCAGGAACAAGCAACAGACAACAAUGGAGAUACAAAGACUUGUCAUCAUUUUGUUUUCAACUCUUAUGUCUGUACUGUUUCUUUUAAUAAUAUUCAUUGGAUGUUUUAUGAAAAGGGUGAAGAAAUGUGUGUUGCCUACAAUACCUGAUCCAAAAAAUACAUUUUAUGACCUAUACGACAGUCACAAUGGAUACUUACAGGAAUGGAUGAAAGCAUCAAGAAAUAAUAAUGUGCAUCUUGAAAAAAUAGAGUCGGUCUCGGAAGAGCAAGAUGAAGACCAAAUGUCGACAUUGCUUAAAGAUAAUGUGGCUGAGAUCUUGGACAGCCAGUGUUUGUCUAAGGAACCAAUGGACACUUCCAUGACUAUGCCUGCACCACUUGUUCAAAAUGUAUCUGAUGCUUGCUUUACAAAUAUGAAUUUCACAAUGAAUGACAGCAUGUAUAUUAUGCUUUAAAUAACUUCCAGUAGUACUGAAAGGCCUGUUUACUACAGACACAGAAUGUAGACUCAUGCGCUAUGAGGUGAUAGCUGCAUUGACAUGUUUUUGGUUAAGCAUAUUUUCAUUCAAAUGAUAAAAAAAAAGCAAAAAAAAAAGAAACCAAGAUGUUUCUUCAAUCUACAAUGAUCUACAAUAAAGGUAAAAUGUUAGUCCUAGAAGACCAAGAGAUUGCUAUGGGGACUAUCUAUCUGUAAUGGUUUAUCCUGCCAGCAAUAACUAGUGACAAACUAUUUUGGAUAAUAUGCACACCUUGAUGUCAAAGGGAAUACUAUGCAAAUUUAUUAGUUCUUGCUUUUGAAUGCCAUAUUGCUUAGUAGUGGGGAUACUAUCAAUGCCUAUAAUAGAAAGCCAAAUAUGAUAGCUGUUAGAAUUUUUUUCAUUAUGAUCUUCACAGGUUCAGUUUAGUCCUAGCUAAAUCAAAACCAUACAAGUUAACUCAGCUAAUAAUAAUAGGGGGCUAACCAUAGAGAAUUAUGGCAAUUCAGGGAACAGUAGGGAAUUUGUGCAUGUACUGUGCAUUAUAACAAGUUAGCUUGGAUGGGAUACAGUGUGAGUUGCAAGCAUUUCCCAGCAAUUGAAAGUGCCAUCCUUUUAUUUUUAUUUUUAUAGAAGCUGUGAGGGUGGGUGUUGUACAGAGAGUUGGCGGACUCUUUAUUUUUCUAGAAGCUGUGAGGGUGGGGGUUGAACAAAGAGUUGGCAGACUCUUUAUUUUUCUAGAAGCUGGGUGGGUGUUAAACAAAGAGUUGGUGUACUCUUUAUUUUUCUAGAAGCUGGGUGGGUGUUAAACAGAGAGUUGGUGGACUCUUUAUUUUUCUAGAAGCUGGGUGGGUGUUCAACAGAGAGUUGGCGGACUCUUUAUUUUUCUAGAAGCUGUGGGGGUGUUCAACAGAGAGUUGGCGGACUCUUUAUUUUUCUAGAAGCUGGGUGGGUGUUCAACAGAGAGUUGGCGGACUCUUUAUUUUUCUAGAAGCUGUGGGGGUGUUCAACAGAGAGUUGGCGGACUCUUUAUUUUUCUAGAAGCUGUGGGGGUGGGUGUUCAACAAAGAGUUGGUGGACUCUUUAUUUUUCUAGAAGCUGGGAGGGUGGGUGUUAAACAGAGAGUUGGUGGACUCUUUAUUUUUCUAGAAGCUGGGAGGGUGGGUGUUGAACAGAGAGUUGGCGGACUCUUUAUUUUUCUAGAAGCUGUGGGGGUGGGUGUUCAACAAAGAGUUGGUGGACUCUUUAUUUUUCUAGAAGCUGGGAGGGUGGGUGUUAAACAGAGAGUUGGUGGACUCUUUAUUUUUCUAGAAGCUGGGAGGGUGGGUGUUGAACAGAGAGUUGGCGGACUCUUUAUUUUUCUAGAAGCUGUGGGGGUGGGUGUUCAACAAAGAGUUGGUGGACUCUUUAUUUUUCUAGAAGCUGGGAGGGUGGGUGUUAAACAGAGAGUUGGUGGACUCUUUAUUUUUCUAGAAGCUGGGAGGGUGGGUGUUGAACAGAGAGUUGAUGGACUCUUUUUUUUUUCUAGAAGCUGGGUGGGUGUUCAACAGAGAGUUGGCGGACUCUUUAUUUUUCUAGAAGCUGUGGGGGUGGGUGUUGAACAGAGAGUUGGUGGACUUUUUUUAAGCACACUUAUCCUUUGAGAUGGCAAAAAUAAAAAACUGUAAAAAAGAAA